AUGCACUUGCAAACGGGACGUUAUCUUUUGAAAUCUUUCUUAACCGCAAAAAAAGGGUUCCCGAUAGGUGGUCGACUAAGUCAUCUUUCUUCUUACUCCAAAAUACUUAUGGAAAAAUGCAUUGCUGAAACAUUAGAAGAUCUCUUAGAUGCCGAAACUCAACUUUGCGCAUUUCGUCAUAUGUAUUUACGACUUUUAUUUAACCUCGAUACCAGCAUUGAAAUAUCUGCAAUAACACAUCCACAUGGCUAUGAUGGUUCAAAAGCAGAUCAUAUGAUUGAUAUUGUUCAUUUAUCUCGUGCAUAUUGUCAUUAUACAACUCUAAUUAAUUCACAUGAAGGAUUACAAUCAGUAAAAAAAGAACGGCCAACCAUAUAUCCGAUUAUUCGCACAUUAAUAGACCUUUAUUUUAUUAAUACGGUUGUAAACCAAUCUGGAGAUUUUCUGAUAGAUGGAUAUUACACAAAGCAUCAUAUUUCACUUUUGAAAGAAGGACAAAAGAAAUUAUUAAAUAUUAUUAGACCCGAAGCUAUAGGUUUGGUUGAUGCUUGGGAGUUUAGUGAUAAUGAUUUAAAUAGUGCAUUAGGAAGGGGAGAUGGAGAUGUUUAUAGAGCCUUAUACGAAUGGGUUAAAAUGGAACCUACGAAUAUUUCGGAAAGACAAGGAAAUAUUGUUGGCUACGAAGAAGGAUUGAAAGAUAUUUAUACUGGAAAGUAUUUAAAAGAAAUUGGAAUAAAUAAC